AUGGUCAACCAUUUUGUUGCUGAAUUCAAGCGUAAACACAAGAAGAAUCUUGCGACCAAUCCGCGUGCUCUCCGUCGUCUUCGUACUGCUUGUGAACUGGCUAAGAGGACUUUGUCUAUCUCCACUCAAGCGAGCAUUGAGAUUGACUCUCUCUUUGAUGGAAUCAACUUCUACACCAACAUCACGCGUGCAUGUUUUGAAGAGCUUUGCGCUGAUUUGUUCCGCAGUACUAUGGAUCCAGUUGAGAAAUCAAUUCAUGAUGCUAAGAUGGACAAGUCUCAGAUUCAUGACAUUGUUUUGGUUGGAGGCUCGACUCGAAUUCCAAAAGUCCAGAAGCUUCUGUCUGACUUCGUUUCUGGCAAAGAACUCAAUAAGAGCAUCAACCCGGACGAAGCUGUCGCCUAUGGAGCUGCUGUUCAGGCUGCAAUUUUGUCUGGCGAUAAGUCUGAGAAUGUUCAGGAUCUUCUUCUUUUGGACGUUGCCCCACUCUCGAUGGGAAUUGAAACUGCUGGUGGCGUCAUGACUCCGUUAAUCAAGAGAAACACGACUAUUUCCACCAAGACUUCUCAAACGUUCACUACCUAUUCUGACAAUCAGCCUGGUGUUCUUAUUCAGGUCUAUGAAGGUGAACGCGCUAUGACAAAGGACAACAACUUGUUGGGAAAAUUCGAAUUGAGUGGAAUUCCUCCUGCUCCUCGUGGUGUUCCUCAAAUCGAAGUCACCUUUGACAUUGACGCCAACGGAAUUUUGAAUGUUUCUGUCCAAAACAAGUCGACUGGAAAGCAAAACAAGAUCACCAUCACUAAUGACAAGGGACGUCUUUCCAAAGAUGAGAUUGAGCGUAUGAUCCAAGAGGCUGAGAAAUAUCGUGGCGAGGAUGAGAUUUAG